AUGAAUGUUAAUGAAAUACUAUCUAUAUAUGAUAGUUUAUAUUCUAUGUUUGAUAAUUAUAUUAUAAAUAAUAAUAAAGAUGGAAUUUCUAAGUACUGUUCUAUAUUUGUCAAGAAAGAAUUUGUGGAAUUUUUAAGAUAUGAUGUUAAUAUAAAAAUUAUAUCCAAUAAAAAGGUUAUAAAGAAUAAAGAUGAAAUAAUUGAUGAACUUCUUUAUGCUUUUAAAACGAUGGGAUCUUAUAUUAAUAAGAGUGAUUUGUUUUCAAAAAAUGAAGAAAUAGAAGAUAUAAAUACCAAAUAUAUUAAACUAUUACUUAUCCCAUUUAUUUUAGGGAGCUUAUGUUAUGAAACAUUAAAUAUAAAUAUACGAUAUGAAAGAUUAAAAGAUGCUAUAUUAUAUUAUAAUGAAUUUCUUAGAUUGAUAAAUAUGUUUAAAAUUAUUGAUAUCGAUGAUUAUUUAUAUGAUGAAGGAACACAAACAAAUCUAACCAAUAGAAGAAAUAUUAAAAUUAAGAGAACAAAAGAUGAACAUAAAUUUGAACUCAUGUAUAAUGAUAUCUUACAAAAAAUUAAUGAUCAAAAUAAUAAACAAAAAGUAAAAGAUAUACAACAAAAUAUAUCUAAUAACACAUAUGAUACUUAUAAUGAUAUAGAUGAUGAAGAAAUAAGAAAAAUGUAUAUCUCUCUAAUCCAACAUAAAUGUAUGCAAACAUUAAAUACUAUUGAUUUAAUCCAUACAGAAUUACCACUUUUAAAAAUGAGAAAUGAUAAACAGCAAGAACAAAGAAAUAAAGACGAACAAUAUAAUAAAAAUAAUAACAAUAAUAAUAAUAAUAAUAAUAAUAAUAAUAACAAUAAUAAUAAUAAUAAUAAUAAUUUUUAUAAUAAUCAUUCCUCAAAUGAAAUAAAAAAUGAAGCAAUCAAAAAACCAUGGUUUUUUACUAUUAAAAAAAAUAUGAAACCAUCUGAUAUAACCCAACUAAGAAAUUAUUAUAAAGAUUUAGUGUUUAAACCUUUUCAUAAUUUACCAACUAUUUCUUUAGAAGAAUGUGCUCAAAUGGAAAUGCAGUAUUCCUUAAAAGAUACGAAUGAUAUUAAUAAUACACAAGGCUAUAGAAACCUAAAUGAAGAAAAAGAACUAUUAAGAAAUGAAAAAAAUGAUGAUUAUUAUAAGGACCAAUUAAAAAAAGAAGACGAAAAGGACCUACAUGAUAAGGAGUGGGAUGAUUGGAAAGACUUACAUCCGAAGGGUAUAGGAAACAAAAAUAAAAAUGUAGGUUAA